CCCCGCCGCCGCCGCCGCUGCGCCGGGAAUGGCCGCCCCCCGCCGCGGCGCCCCGCGAUAGCCCCACGACCCGCCGCGACGCCGAGGUGUUCAUCUCGGUGGGCCCACACUGACCAUGCUCAGGAGCUUCUGUCUCCAGCUCAUGUCCUUAGUUUGGAUCCUCUUGGCCCAUCACCAGCUUGCCCAAGGUGAUGACUGCAGUGAGCGCUGUAAUCUCGCCCACGGCUGCUGUGACCAGGAUGGGAAGUGCAGGUGCGAUCCAGGCUGGGCGGGCGAGCACUGCGAGGACUGCGUGCUUAUGCCGGGCUGUCUGCACGGGACCUGCCACCAGCCUUGGCAAUGCAUCUGUCACGCUGGCUGGGCUGGCAAGUUCUGUGACAAAGACAUACACAUCUGUGAACACCAGUCCCCAUGCCAGAACGGGGCUCAGUGCAUCUAUGACAGAGAUGGGGAGUAUUCCUGCCUGUGUCCAGAAGGCUUCCAUGGGAAGGACUGUGAGAUGAAGAUGGGGCCAUGUGAGAAGGCAGGGUCUCCAUGCAAGAAUGGGGGGCAGUGUCAAGAUGAGAACGGCUUUGCCAGCAACUUCACCUGCCGUUGCCUUGCCGGCUUCGUGGGGGACUUGUGUGAGGAGGAUGUGGAUGACUGCCUGAUGCGUCCCUGUGCCAACGGUGCUACCUGCCACGACGGCAUCAACCGCUUCUCCUGCCAGUGCCAGGUGGGCUUUGAAGGGCGUUUCUGCACCAUCAACAUCAACGACUGUGCCAGCCAGCCCUGCAAGAACGGGGCAAAGUGCUACGACCGCAUCAAUGACUAUGACUGCUUGUGUCCCGAUCGUUUCACUGGCAAAACCUGCGAAGUCUACGUCCCUGAGCCCACCUGGGCUCCCCCCUACCACCCUGGCAACCACGAGAAUGGCAGGGCUGUGAAAAGCACCACCGGUGAGAUGCCAGCGGUGACAGAGCUGGAGCCUGUCAGGACUGCAGUCACCGGGCAGCGCACGGCCAACCACAGCGAGAAAGAGCCGGGGGGAGGGUUGUUGAAAAUCUCUGUGAAGGAAGUGGUGACCCAAAGGGACUCAGGGCUGAGUGAAGUCCAGCUGGUGACAGUGCUAGUGUUUGGAGUGCUGACAGCAGUACUGGUCCUCAUCACUGUCCUCCUAAUGCUGAGGAACUGGCAGAGGGGCCGCCAGAGAUCAAACUGGUGCCAAAGCUCUUCUCAAGCUGCACGGAAGCUCCAAGACCCAGAGUGUCAGGUGGGCAUGCUCAACACUGUCCUGAUCGAGCCCAGGAAGACGACAGAGCUGUGAGCUGCGAGGACUCUGAGCUGGUCCCUGGCAGGUCGUUGUGCUGGCAAACCCCUCGAACUGCACCCUGGGGAGCUGAGCUGGCACAAGCUGGGCAGCAGGGAAGAGCUCCCAGGGCAGUGCCCAUGUCAACAAAACCCCUGGGCAUUGAGCAUGGUGUGGCAGCCUCACCUGGCUCUGAGCUGUCUCCCACCUGGCCAGUGCAGACAGUACCCACGGGUAUGUGAAAGCAGAGCUGUGUUGGGCCAGCCUUGCAGGCAAGUGGUAACAGGCUGCUUGUGGCAGCCCACACCAUGCGCUGCCGAUAUUGCCCAGCUUGAGCUCUCAGGAACAGGAGGGGUAGUGCUGAGCAGGGUAUGGCCUUCUUGCAAGCCCAGAUUCUGCCAGGCCCUUUGUAACUCCUCUUUACUACUACUGGAAAGGGGUUUGUCCUCAUUUCUGCUGGUGUUGGGAUGUUUCUUCUGAGGCCUUUGGGAUGGUCGUGGCUGCAAGGGCUCCCUGCCCCAGCACUGCACGGGAUGGCUCCUGGCUCUUUCUGGAGGCUGUCAUUUCAGAUGCUGUCUCUUGCUCUCUGGUUUUGUGGUUCUGUAAGCCAGUUCAAAGAGACUCUGGAGAGAAGUUGGGGGUCUCCUUGUGCCCUUCUGCUGCCCCUGGUGAUGUUCCUUCCUUGUCAGACCUGGGUUACAAACACAUUCUGUACUUUUCUCCUGAUGAUCCAGGUGUUUUCUCUUCCCACUUACCAAGCCGUCCUUUCUGGUCAGGCCACAAAUGACCAAGCUCCUUCCCUUCUUCAGUGUGCACUUCUCCCUCACCAUGUGCUGACAUGGAGGAGCAUGGCCUGCUCCCCUCUGGGGUCCUCUGGGCCUGAGCUGGUCCUCAUCAUUUGCCCUCACAGGUAAAACUAGAGAUGGACAAGGCUGAAGAUGUGCUGUGGCUGGUUCAGAAGCAAUACAAAAUUCAGAUCCUCUUUUCCUCUCCCUGUCAGUCUGAGACAGGCAGCUGGCACUAACUGCAAAUCAGCCAUAGUGUUUCUUGACACAGCAAAGGCUAAGCUCCUCAUGGUGGAUGUGAGAACAAGCUACCAAGCCUGGGAUGACCACAGCAAGCAGAUUCGGUACUGUCUUCUCCACCACUGCUAAAGUAUGACUAAGAGGCUGGCACUUGGAGAGCCAGGCCACUUACCCCUUGUAUUAGGUCUGCUCCUGUCUGUGCAGGUGUGGUGUGCAGCAGUGUCCCUCUGCCAGGGCCAGGGUUUUCUGUGCCUCCUCAUGGGCAUGGAGGGCUAAGCAGUGGAGUAAAAUACAUGAAAACCCAAGCCUUGCUAUUGGCCUGUAGGGUUGCAGAGCUGGGUUAAAGAUCAUCUAAAGCAAGCAGACAGAGGAGUGAGCACUCAGCCUGCAAGGGAUACCAGGGAAUGGAGACUGGGGCUUCAUCAGAAAGACUAUUUUUAUACAUGGAUGGAUGAUGUACCUGUAUGAAAUAAAACAAAUACAAGCCCAGAAACAGUG